UUCAGGCUGUCCAAGCUAUUAUUUCCUUUUAAAAAUAAAAAUAAAUAUCUUUAUUAGUUAAAUUAAGCCAAAGAAAUGCCGUUUGCCAAAGAAUACAACCAGCUGAAUUAUGUUACCAGUGCACAUACGAAUACAGCGAGCUAACAAAGAACUUUCGCCCAGGUUGCAAGUAACUUUGAAGCUUUAACAUUGUCCCAUUCCAUUAAACUUUAAUGGAAACAGACAGUAAGUCAUCAACAUGGGUUGUGUAAACAGCAAAACAGACAUAAAUGAUACACACCCGAACAUUUUUCAUGUUAUAAAUGUGAACGACAGAGGCCGCCCAGUCAGCAGAGGAAAACUAGAGGUAUUAGAAACAGAACUGAUUUUACAUCAGAAGGGCAAAAACCCCAUAAAAUGGCCCUUGAGAUCUCUUAGAAAAUAUGGCUGGGAUAUGGACACUGAUAUAUUUAGCAUAGAGUGUGGACGAAGGAGUCCAACGGGGGCAGGCUAUUAUGCUUUUAAAUGUCGAAAGGCUGAGCAGCUGUUUAAUAUGGUGCAACAAUAUAUCAUAGGUGGGGUUCAAGAAAACCCGCUGUUAAUCUCAGGAAUGGAACACGGACACUUAUCUCAUCAUAUGCCGCUAAACACCAUAGAAUUUCCCGUCCACGGGGGCGUCCUUACGACUCCUGCUCCAGCUGGAACUUUUGUUCAGAGACGUCCCGAAAACCAUGAGACUGGACGCAUAAAUUCUGUACAAAAUGCUUCCAGGCCUCUAACUGGUGUCCUAAGUCGUCCAGGAUCAAUAUCUAGUAGCGGUGGUCAGCUGAGUCCGACCACAAUAUCGCCGCCGCCAGUAAUAACAGAACUGCCUCCAAUGGAGCACAACAACAAUAAAAGACACAGUUUCGUUAUAGAGAACGGAAUAGGACCUCCGUCAGCUACAUAUGCGAACGUUGGACCUGGAGAUAUCGAUGUACCUUCUCAUGUGUACAUGAAUAUUGAUACCAAAGAAAUUGUGAGCAGCCCAAGUCAAUUUAAUUUUCCGGAGAGUAGGGAGUUUCAUAGGGAACUGAGCGACGAGAUGCACUGUUACGCCAAUAUUGACACCAGGGAUACAGAGACAUUGAAUUUGGUACAGACUCCAAUAUCCACCCAUACCGACGUGGUACAUAAUAUGUAUAUGAGCAACAGCGUUCCUUGCACACCAACGGCCUACAGCGACUUGGACUAUAAUAUGGGAAUACGUGAGGUCAACUAUGCGGAGCUGGAUCUUGCCGCUACUAGGAAUAAUAACGGCAGCUACAUUGAUGAACCUAUAGAUACACCGGUUCAAACCCCCACCCAAAUACUACCCCCCGCACCAACCCCGACCGAAAUCGAAAGUAGCCCCACCCAACAAAAAAAGAGUUACGCGACCAUCGAUUUCCCGAAAACGAUCGCUCUGAGUCAAAGUAUUCACCCCAAGGUGGAGGCAGAGGAGGGCAGUCGAAAAACCAGACACAACUCCACCAUAAAUUCUUUCAGCGAUUAGCUGAAAACGUUUAUUUUGCAUGGGAAAUGCUGAAUUUGUUUAGACAAAGUGGAGAUUUGGAUGUGAGAUAAGUACAAAGGAAAUUGAUGUGGAAAAUUUGAGAUUUCGCGAAUGCAUGUAAUGUGGUAAGGGUUGUUCGCCUAAGAUUUGGGCCUUGUUGUGUUUUAAGAUUUUUCUUUAUUAAAAAAGAAAACAAUAUUUUUUACAUUACCAAAUGGUCUUGCCAAAAAAAAAAAGAAAUUAAAUUGCCAAAGAAAAAGUUUUGUAGCAAUUGUAUUUUAUAUUUUUAGUGAAUAGGUGUGAUAUUCAGUCGAGAGAUUAUUAUUAGUGUGUAAGCUAUAUUUUUAGAUUAUUUAUGAACAAUUAUUGAUGUAGGGUAUUAAACAAAUCAACGAAAUACAGGAUGGUUUAAAAAAAGAAGAGACCAAUAUUUCUCAAAUUUUUUAUGGUCCAGAAUCGCUGGCAGAAAACCUGGCUAGAGGUGAAACGUACAUUUGCAAUUUAACAAUAUUUUUUCAAAUAAGUUCCUUUUUUUUAUUAUAAUUUGCCAUAAUUGGUUGAACUUGGGUUUAAAAUUAAGCAGUGAUCCUAAGUAUCAUCGGCAAAUACAUUAUCGGACAAAAGUAAAGCUCUUACGAAAACAUGAACUAUUUAAUUAUUAAAAAUGAAAUUGGUCUUAGCGAAAAUAAAACCAACGUUUCAAACGCAACCAACUAGUAUGUCAUAAGGUAAUUAAGGUAAAAGAUGUACUUUAUUAACGCAACAAAAGUAAAGCAAUUUUUUCCAUUUUUUUCCCAUAGAGGGUUAACAGGUUUAUGUAAUUGUAUUAUUAAUCUAUUUAUUCAAGUAAGAAUAAAGAUUUGUAUUCAAUAAGGAUAAAUAAUUUUUUUUUUCUGUAUUCUCAAAACAAUUUUUACAUCAACCGAUCAAAUUUUGUAGAUGAUAGGCAGUUAAGUAACUUAGUAGUUGUGUACUUGUCUAAUUCUUUAUACGGGGUGUAACAUAAGUGAUGACUUUAAUUUUAAGAGGUGAUUCCUUGUAAUUUUUUAAUAAAAAAAGUUUAUAUAAACAUAUUUCCGGAGACGCUUCGUUUUCGAGAUACAGGGUGUUAAACUUUUUUUGUUAAGUCGAUUUUUCAUUAAUAUCUAAAAAACUUGAGUCAUAUUUUUAUUAAAUCAAAUGUUCGAAGUGAGAACCACGACUUCUUCCAUUAGAAGAAUCUAUAAUUAUGUUUCUUAUAUCAUUUUCAUUCACAACUGGCGUCGCAUAAACAAGCUAUUCAGAUAUCCCAAAAGAAAUAGUCCAGAGGAUUGAGGUUUGGGGAUCGUGCUGGCCAUAGCUGUAGUUCGACUCCUCUCGACCAAUCCAUUGCUUAGGAAAAGUGUUAUUAAGAUAGUUUCGAAUGGCAAGACUAAAAUGAGCAGGUGCACCGUCGUGCAUAAACCACAUCGUAUUUUUUGUUGCUAGUGCUUUUUCUUUUUCUACUGAAAACUUGCCUUAUCUGCGAAUAGAAUUUUAGAGGUAAAGUUUGGAUUCUGUGCAUUUUUUUGUUAAAAUCACCAGUAAAACUCGUGCAGGACAAUCUCUUGGCAACAGUGCUUGCACCCGUUAAAUGUGGUAUGGAUAAAGGAAAUUUAAGUGCAAAACCCUCCAAACACUUUGGUUGCUAAUGUCAGACUGUAGAGAUGAUCUUUAAAAGCUAUAACGCUUUACGUACGCUUUAUAAGCGUACUAGUUGUCAGAUCGUCUUCCACUGCUUGCAAAAUUGCUUCCUCUAAUUGUUGAGUCAGUAUUAUCAUUAAAUCGGAGGUUUAGUAUGAGUCAAUUAAUCGGAGGUUUAAUAUCCUCAUUGCUAUUCAUACUUUAUUGGCCGUUAUUCUGAAAAGUUCUGUUGAGCUAUAAAUUUCUUUAAAUUCACCAACUAUGACAUUCUCCUUCUACCAGUCUUUCCUAAGCAUCUCAUACCGCUGUCCUCUUAUUAUACAAGGUGGCCAAAAAGGGUAUCAGCAAUGUGAUGUUCGCAUAAACUGUUGGAAUUUGGACUGCAUCCAAACCCACAACACUUGAGGGCUUUCUUGUAUCUCUAUUUAGGGCUACGAAGGACCAGCUGGCUAUGUGAAAAGGGCACCAAAACAGAAACGCGAAAAGUACUUUAAACAAUUUAAUUUAAAACCAUUUAAUUUUGUGUGAGAGAAUUUGUUGUUCUUAUUUAAAAAAAAAAUGCGAGCGGGCGGGACAGAACAGCGAGACCGAGAGUCUCCUUACACAACCAUUAUCUAGGAGCGACUGACGCCAAAAAAUCGGAUGAUGCAAUUUCCCUUAAAAACUGUUACCUGCGCGGGGUGUGAGGAAGCUCGUCGCGACCAAUAGAACGAAGGGGAAUGAUUCCGGGAAUGUAUAUCUUGACGAAUGUAAAUUUUUAUUUAAGUCGACUUCUAUUGUAAAUGUUGUGUUUUAUUUAAUUUGGGUAUGAAUAAAUGUGUGGAUGGUUUAUGUGUGUAUUUGAAUGUGUUUUUCUUUAUGUUGCAACUGGCUUUGCAACAUAAACCAAAUAAUCCAUAUUUCUAUGAUCAUUUAUUUAUGGCAAAUUAAUGUACAGUUGUAUGAAAAUUUAUGAACCAAAAACAAUGUUGGCUAAAUGGUGUCCGUUGCGCUGUAUGCACUCUUCAAAUCGAGAACGAAGAUUAUUUAUAACCCGUCCACACAUUUCCCUUGAUAUUAAUCUUAUUUGCUCCUGGAUAUUUUGCUUUAAUUGAUUUGUAUCAGCUGGAUUAUUCUCGUAGACCUUACUUUUGAGGUAACCCCAUAAGAAAUAAUCAAGUGGCGACAGGUCCGAGCUCCUAGAAGGCCAGUAGGGCUAUGCAGUGGACGUUCGUGUUUUCUGCGAGGAUUAACGUCAGACCAGUACCUGCAAUAUUGCUUAUUUACGUGCCCAUUUACAUGAAAAUUAUCCUCAUCACUGAAUAAAAUGUUAUUGAAAUCGACGAAUCGUUCCAUCAUUUCAAUUUUAUUUAUCAUGACAAAUUUUAACCGUGUAUUGUAAUCCCUCGGUUUUAAUUCCUGCACUUACGGUAUCUUAUAUGCAUGCAGAUGCAAGUCUUUGGUCAAAAUGUUAUGUAAAGAUGAUCUUUUGAGAGUAGUCGUCUGACUUCGCUUCCGUACAGAUAAGGUUGGAUUCUCUCUGUUUGAUUGACGUACUCGUUCGUUGUUUUCUGCACUUCUUAUGAUUCGUGGGCGGCCUGAAUUAUGAAUUUUCACUGUGGAUCCAGUAGCUUUAAACAUUCUGAUCCAUUUUCUAAUAACAUCAGGGCUAGGCGAUAAUUGAAUAUCAUGUAAUUGGUAAUGAGCGCGAUAUAGACGGCGUGCUGUCAUGAUUGAAUUAUUGUUUUAGUUCAAUGCACGUACACAAAAAGGCGCGUUGCUCUCCGAUAAACGGCUCCAUUGCAACUGAAAUUCCUUGAACCCGUUUACAUUUUGACUCGCACCGUAAGUGGCGGCGUUGCCACGUCUGAGACUAAAUGCACAAAUAAAGUGCUGAUACCCUAUUUGGACACCUUGUAUAUCCUAGAUAUGGUGACUUUCUUGCUUUUAUGUUAUGGUGUUAAUUAUUUCAUAUUCUCUACCCAUUUCUCGACGUAUUAUGUAUGUUUUAUUUUUUGUCCAAAAUAUCCUGAGCACCCUUCUAUAACAGUACAUUUCGAAGGACUACAGUUUCUUUAUGUGUUCUUGUUUAAGUGUCCAGCUUUCCAAUCCAUAAUAUAGUAUUGAAAACACAUAGUCAUUCUUGCUGUUUUUAUUCUAGUUCUUUUUUCGCUUAUUUGGUCAUUAUUUCAUGUAUUCCAGGUAUUUGUAUUUUCCAACCCGUUGUGUUUAUCGAUCUAGUAAACUUAUGUUUGAUUUCUUCGUUAUUUUCUGAGUUUGCACAUCGUCACUUGAAUUCUAUUGAGUAUAUCACUUAAAUAUUAUUCAGUGACAAAACUCGUUAUAAAAUUAUUUAAUCAUCAUCAAUUCCGAUAAAAUAAGGCAUGUUAGGAAGUUACGAAGUUUCAACCAAAGUACACAAUACCAACAAUAAAGCAUGGAAGGGGUAGUCUGUUUUUAUGUGGUUACUUUUCCUGGAGUGGAGAAGGUCAAUUGCACUUAUGGAUAUGCACAGAUGGGACUAUGACGAAUCGAUUGCUAUACAAGGGACAUAAUCUAAAAAGUGAUGUUGCCUUAAGCUGAGUGAGAAACAAAGACCCGAAGCAUACAUCUCGUCUUGUUCCGCAGUGGUUUCCAGAGAAUAUUAUCCAACAGUCCUCCAAUGGCCGGCAAAAUCACCGGAUUUAAACCGUAUUAAGAAUCUAUGGCAAGAGGUUGAGCGUCAAAUCCGUACCACGACAUUUUCAAACAAAGUUUAUUUGAUAAAACCAACGAGGGUUGGGUCAAUACGCCGAUCGUUAGUAUUGAAAAUUUUAUUUUAUCGAUGGUUCUUUGACAUUUGAUAACAAUUUUAUUUAAUCCGUCAGCAUAGUAUAACCUUAUAAACUGGCAGGUGUUUAAUAUUCGCUGAUGCCAAUUUUAUUUUUGAUAAAUAAAUAUUCGAUAAGAAUUGCUUUACUUUUACCCGAUAGUGUAGAUAAACUGAUGAGUAUUUAAAAUUUUUACAUAACGAGCACUAACACCUUUAUUUUAUUUUAAAACAUUGACAUUAAUCUCAAAAGACCGAAAAAGUGAAGUAUAUAAAAGGCAAAUUGGAAUUUUCUGAAAAAUUAGAGGAAAAUUCCCCGAAGAUGUACAAAGUGAAUCCUGAAAAACAUAAAAAUGAUUUGAAAUCCGUGGAAACCAUGAAAAAUGCAAUUAGAUUCCUGGAAGAUAUCCAAAGUCUAUCUGGAAACAGAAAAAUUGUUUCAAAUGCCUGGAAAAGAUAUUAAGUGACAUGAAAUGUUUGGAACCUUGUUAAUCAAUAGAACAAUUUUUUUUUCAAAUUCCUGGAAAAUAUACAGGAAAAGUAGGAUCUAAAAAAAUUUAAAAAUUUUUUAAUUCCUUCAAAAACAUAAAAAAUUAGACCAAAUUCCUGAAAGGCAUACAAGAUGAAGCAUGAAGAACUUUAUUAAAACUGGAAAAUAAUUCUAAAUCCCUGAAAGACAUAAAAAUUAAGGUAAAAUUCCUUGAAGACAAAUUAAGUGAAGUGUAUAGAAAAAUUUACUUCCCUGGAAAACAUGGAAAAUUCGGUCAAAUUCCUGGCAUACUUACAAAGUGCAACCUGAAAAACGUGUUUGUUUAAUUUUACCUAGGUAUAUCUUCAUUGGUAAUCACAGAAUUUCUUAUGAAACUAUCCAAAACCUGAAUCCAAAAUCCAAAAUUUAUGCUCAGUCUCUUUAAAUCAUUCUGUACUUCGAAUGAUUUUAGUUGCUUGUUAAAUUUCGUUGCUAAAUGUUAAAAGAAAUCCGAAAUAUCGAUAGGUACUUUAUUGGUGCCACAUUGUUAACAAUUUUAUAGCGUUUAUUACUCCGAAUAUUUAUUUGAUGUUUUCUUUCCCAUAUAAUUCAUAAUUGAACGUCAAUAUUAAAAUGAGUUAGAUUAUACGUGCCUUUAAGGCAAAGCGAUAUCAUAAAAACGAAGCAAGUUAGCACUUACGUUUGCAGGAAGAGUUGUUGUAUUUUAAAAUGUUGACAUUGAAUUAUGAAAUACCUUUUUGUAAAUAUAUGCCAGAUGUUGCAAGCAAGUGGUUCUCCCAGAUAAAAUUUGUAUUUUUUUAUGGAUUUUUUGUUUAAUUUGGCGUAUAUGCACAUAGAAGAAUCAGUGGCCUCUUUUAGGAUAAAAUUUGAAUUUGAAUUGAAAGAUCCGAUGUUCUAUAAUAAUCCUCUAAGUAAAAUCAUAUUGAUGCCCCUAACUAUUAAGUAAACAAUUUAAUGCAACGCAUAUAUGCCAAAUUUUAAUAUUUUGUCUUAGAAAAUAAAACAAAAAAGUUCUGCCUUCAUUAAUAAAACUCAGUCCCUUUCCCUAGUAAGAAAAAAAUACAAUAAAAACGAUUACGCUUAAAUAAAUUUAAUUCUAUAAAAGCGAUUACAAAGAGUAUAUUUUUUUGCAUAGAAGUUAACCAGAUAAUAAACAUUGAAAUUUCUAGAUUGCAUCGACGGUUAUAAUAUAUAGAAAAACCGAAAGUUUUUUGUGCAAAUUUACAAAAUGACAACAACGAAAUUUUGGAAAAUUACGGCUUAUUGGCUUAUUAUAUUAUUAAAGUUGUUGAAGGCCUACCCCCCCAAUAAUAAAUAUAUCCUCAGAAAAUUGUAAAUUAGUAGGUAUUAAAAUGUCCAUAUUGUGUAUGAAAAUGUAUGUGCAAUGUUGUGUGGCUUCCAACAAAAAAAAUAAAUAAAAUUGUUAAAAUAUGUUUUUUAUAUUGAAUGUUACAUAGUUUCGAGUAUUUAGUAAUACACUAUAUUAGUUAAUAUUAUUUUUACCAAAGUAAGUGUGUCCAUGCCAAAAAUUAACGUAGAUUAUAGUGUGUAGGCUUAGUAUUUUAAACAGAGUUGAAAAAAAAUGUUUAAUUUUUAAAUAAAAGACAUUUUUUUAUAUAA